AUGAAGGCAGCAGUAGUAAUCAUUCCCCCCCCUCCCGGGUUCCAAGCUAGGCAAAACCCCACAGCCUCGUCGAUCCUCCAGACUCCAUUUUUAGGCACUCCGUUCGUUAACUGGGUUCAUACUAUAUUAUUACAUCACCACCGCCGUGCGCACAUUGGCUACCGCUACCGUCUGGGAGUCACCAGCCCCAGUCAGCCCAGUCACCAGCUCACAAACAGCCAACCAGCCAAACAGCCCCUUGCCACUCCCAUCCGCACACGACCCGUGGACGCCGCCAUCCAAGUCACCCAAGUCGCCCAAGUCGCCCAAGCCCAAGUCAAGUCACCAGUCACCAGUCACCAGUCACCAGGUCUGACAAAUCAGCCGCCGCCCAGAUCCGCUGUAGCCUCUGCCAUUGGGCGGCUGGCACAUCCCCGAACUCCCUCGCAGAGGCCAAUUCGCAGCCCUGGUUGGCUGGUUUGCCUGUUGCUCUUGGUCACUCGCCCGGUCACUGGUCACUGGUCAGGCCUCAAGCACCUCACUCAGCCCAUCCGCUGGUCGCCUUCGCACGUCCUGCGUAGUGCGUCGUUAUUUCUUCUGCCUUGGGGGGCGGCGGAGACCCAACAACGUCACUCUUCCGUGAACUGA